CUAGAGUUCUUGAUUAAGUCCUUGAUUGAAGAAAGGAGAGAAUGGCUUUGAAAGCGGCCAUACUGCUGGGCUGUAUCCUGGGAAUCAGCGCCUUUCCUCUGGAGGACCCUGAAGAUGGCGGCAAGCAUUGGGUUCUCAUCGUAGCAGGCUCGAAUGGCUGGUAUAACUACAGGCACCAGGCUGAUGUAUGUCACGCUUAUCAGAUUGUGCACCGGAAUGGAAUUCCUGAUGAACAGAUUGUCGUUAUGAUGUAUGAUGAUAUUGCUUACGAUGAAGAGAAUCCAACCCCAGGAAUAAUCAUUAACAGACCCAAUGGCACAGAUGUAUACAAAGGAGUACUGAAAGACUACACAGGGAAGGAUGUUACACCAGAAAAUUUCCUUGCUGUUCUGAGAGGUGAUGCUGAAGCAGUGAAGAAAGCAGGAUCAGGAAAAGUGCUAAAAAGUGGUCCUAAGGAUCAUAUAUUCGUCUUUUUCACCGACCAUGGAGCUCCUGGACUUCUGGCUUUUCCAGGUGACGAUCUCUACGCAAAAGACUUAAAUAAGACCAUUCUGUACAUGCAUCGUCAUAAAAAGUACCAGAAGAUGGUGUUUUAUAUUGAAGCUUGUGAAUCUGGAUCAAUGAUGGUUGAUCUACCUGAUAAUAUCAAUGUUUAUGCCACCACUGCUGCCAAUCCUAGUGAAUCAUCUUAUGCAUGCUACUAUGAUGACAAGAGGCAAACCUACCUCGGGGACUGGUACAGUGUCAAUUGGAUGGAAGAUUCUGACGUUGAGGAUUUGAAACGAGAAACUCUCCACAAGCAGUUUCAAUUGGUGAAGAAGCGUACCAACACCAGCCACGUGAUGCAGUAUGGAAACAAAACCAUCUCUCACAUGAAAGUGGUACAGUUCCAGGGCACAGGCAAAGCUCCCAGCGCCCCAGUUUCCUUGUGGCCUGUAAGCAGCUAUGACCUCACUCCAAAUCCCGACGUGCCCCUCACGAUCUUGAAGCGCAAGCUGAUGGCCACCAAUAGCAGAGAUGAAGCAAAUGUCAUCUUGCAAGAGAUGAAGACACUUCUAAGGUCCGAAGAGCUUAUCCAAGAUUCCAUGCACAAGACUGUAUCCUUUAUAACCGACUCUGCAGAGAAGACAGAGCAAAUUUUAUCGAACAGGAUGAACCUCAGCAAUUAUGACUGCUACCAGUCCGCUGCGAAUCACUUCAGAAUGCAUUGCUUUGACUGGCACAAUCCUCAGUAUCAAUAUGGUCUGAGGCAGCUGUAUGUUUUGGUCAAUGUCUGUGAACUGGGAUAUCCUAUUGACAGAAUUCUGGUAGCCAUGGAUAGAGUGUGCGCUGGAAAUGCAGCUUUAUAAGAAAAGACAACUGAUACGAAUCAGAGCAGGAAUUCCUACAAAGCAAAGAGAGGUGGACUGAGCACAUCCACAGAGGGAAGAAAUGACAGUGGAAGCUCUCAUGGACAUCUAUGAUCAGAUUCUGCACUUUAAACCACUGAGUGAAUGAAUGAAAAAUGUUAAGAUGCUCUUCAGGGAUUUUCGUCAUUCCAGAAGCCCCUGGAGUUAGCCAGUUUUAUCAGUAUCUUUGCAAUUGCAAUGCAUAUUCAUUGCUUGAUUUUUUUUUCUUCCUUUGUGAUAUGAAUACUUUCACUAUAGGAGUGUGUUUUGGUUUUAACUUGAUUUCAAUCGUAUUCAGGUUUUUUGGAAGCCUUCUGAGAAUUAACUGGGGAAUGCCUCGUCAUGAAUACUAUUUCCUGAUUGUUUUUUUUUUAAUGACUACAAAAGGAUGCACAGAGAAUUAUUUUGCCCAUUGGCUCAAGAAUAAAAAGCCAGUUUGUUCCUCAACGUUAACAAGCUGAAAUAAAGCUUGUAUAUAUUUUAAUGAUUUUUUAUGCUUUCAAACAUUUGGGUUUAUUAGAAAAUAGAACGAAUUCCAUUCGGACAUAAGAAAUUAUUCCUCUUCCUGCCUUUGCCCCCCCCCCCCAAAUCCAAGAUUGUCUAUUGCUUUUUGUGUUUUUGAUUCUUUUGUAAUUGUAUGUUUACACAGUUUGUUGAGAGACUUGUGCAGUAUUGAGGAACCUGUGAAUAAAGGAAGUUGAUGAGAUAA